UCUGAUCCUCAACCCCCUCCUCCUCUCUACUUUUUUUUAUCUCUCUACCUCUCUCUAUCUUUCUCUCUAUUGUUCUGUCCGUCUGUUUCUUCUUCCUUAUUACAAAUUUCGCCAGAAAAAGAGAAAAGAAUAGAGAAUCUUGAAACCAAAAGGACCAGUCCUUUUCCUCUGUUUCAAAAGAAUGGAGGAUUAUAUGAGGAAACUAGCACUAUGGCAUACUAAAACAUUCAAACCCAUUAUGACCCAUGACGAAUUAGAACCAAUCAUGGCUAAGUUGGGUUUUGUAGGUCUUUCUGUGCAUAGCUCGGCAUCAUCGUCUCCGGUAGCUACUUCAGUUUCUGUUUCUCCUUCUUCUUCGUAUAAUAAUAUUAGUUGGAAAGAAUAUUACUUUACAGCAGGAGGAAGUAGAAAUCCAUGGGUAACAGAACCAUUACCUCGUCCUAGAUUACCAUAUCCAAGAAUUGAUGGUCUUCAUCAUAAAACAUAUGGGGCAUUUUGUGAUGCAGUUGCUUUUUACAUCGGAAAAUCUAAUCUCGCCGAUCAUUUCCAUGUCAGGGGGAUGCCACUGCAUCGAGUUCAUGACCGGCCUUUUGAUAAGAAAUUUCGGUUGAUAAGUGAUGACGAAGUAUUCUAUGUUUACAGAGAAGGGACUUUGGAUCCAGCAACAGCAGCGACAACUAUACUCCCACCUGCUUGCAACUCCAAGAUAAACAACAACAACAUAGGAAAUAGUAAUAGUAAUAGUAGUGCAAUGGAUCAUCGUCUUGUUUUAUUAAAGGAUAUCAAUCAUAAUAUUAAAGGUAUCUCAUCUCAUACUAUUGUUUCAUAGGAAAGCAAGAGAGAAUGAGAAACUGAAUUCAGUCUCCAUAUUAAUAGACAGAUAAACUUGUAACAUCUAUCUAUAUCUCUCCCUGCCCAAUUUUGAUACAAACUAUUAUUUCUUCUUUGUUUAAUCUUUACUAGUAAUGGAAAUUAU